CCCGCAGUCCUUGGUGUCUCUGCUGGCGCUCCUGUCCGGCCCGUGGCUCCAACUAGAUGACAGGGAUACACUUUCUGGAGCAAAUGCUAUGGUGAAAAUCAUUUAAAAACUGAUGAGUUCAACAAAUGGAGAGGGAACGGGCACACUGCUAACAUGGUGCAGCUCUCAGGUGGCAAAUUCAAGAUGGGAACAGAUUCCCCGGAUGCCAGGGAUGGUGAAGGUCCUGUUCGGGACGUGGUUGUAAAACCCUUUGCCAUUGACAUGUUUCCUGUCACCAACAAAGAUUUCAGGGAGUUUGUUCGGGAGAAAAAGUACCGGACGGAGGCCGAGGUGUUCGGCUGGAGCUUUGUCUUUGAGGAUUUGGUCUCUGAAGAGCUUAAAAACAAAGCGAGCCAGCACAUGAAGUCGGUCCUCUGGUGGCUUCCAGUGGAAAGGGCCUUCUGGAGGCAGCCUGCAGGUCCCGGCUCUGGCAUCCGAGAGAGACUGGAGUUCCCGGUGGUCCACGUGAGCUGGAACGAUGCGCAGGCCUAUUGCGCUUGGCGGGGGAGGCGGCUGCCCACCGAGGAGGAGUGGGAGUUCGCAGCCCGAGGAGGGCGGAAAGGUCAGGUCUACCCAUGGGGAAACCAUUUCCAGCCAAACCGCACCAACCUGUGGCAGGGCAAGUUCCCCCGAGGCGACACGGCUGAGGAUGGAUUCCACGGCGUCUCCCCCGUGAACGCUUUCCCCCCUCAGAAUGCCUACGGGCUCUAUGACCUCGUGGGCAACGUCUGGGAGUGGACAGCUUCCUCCUAUGUGCCUGCUGCCCAGGACAUGCGUGUCCUCCGGGGCGCAUCCUGGAUUGACACCGCAGAUGGCUCUGCCAAUCACCGGGCCCGAGUCACCACCAGGAUGGGCAACACUCCAGAUUCCGCCUCAGACAACCUGGGCUUCCGCUGUGCUUCUGAUGCAAGCCGACAGGAGCUGUGAGCAGCCGCGCAGGGGCCUCGUGACCUUUCCUGGCCUUAUUCCAGACACAGCCAAUCUCCAAAUGCGUCAGUCUCAGAAAUGACCUUCCCCUUUGACCAUCCCUCUGCGGUGGCCCCUCUCGGCAGGAGGCAAAGGACUCUGACCUUGGACAAGAUGCGUGACUCACGGAUUGCGGCCGGGAGCUGAGUGUUCCUCUGAGUUGUCAAAUAUUAACUGUAAAGGUCUUUUCUCAAGGCAGGAUUUCUCUUCGUUUUCCCAGCAGAUUGCUGCAAAAGGACAGUCUUUGCUUGUACUUGCCUUAUUUGUGGUGCUUCGUAUACUUCUGAAGAAAUUUAGUUUCUAAAAUCUCUGUCACAUCUAGUGCCACCGGUGUUUUAAAGAAGUGUCAGGGCCAGGGGUGUGGCUGAAGUGCUACAGCACCUUCUUGCAUGUGCAAGGUCCUGGGUUCAGUCCCCAGCUCUGCGUGCCACACACGCGCACGCAAACACACCAGCUACCACUGGGUAUAGCUCUCACGACCCCCACAACAAUCAAAGGAUAAGAAUGCAAUGUCAGUCUUUAAAAGUUCCAGAACUGGGACUGGAGCGAUAGCACAGCGGGUAGUGUGUUUGCCUUGCACGCAGCUGACCCGGGUUCGAGUCCCAGCAUCCCAUAUG